CCUCGGAACCAAGAUGGCGGCUCCGGCCAGUGCGUCCUCUCCUCCAGCCUGAUUCUCUGCUGCUGCUGCCGCUGCCAUUUUUGCUUCCCGGACCAGGAGGCCCCCCAGGGACGUGGCACCCCUCUGCUCUGACCUUAGAGCCAGCACCAGGAGGAGCACCGGACCAAGCCAUGGCUGCUACGGCCACUGCUGCUGCCGCCCCCAGUGCACCCAAGCGUGAGGGGCCCCCUUUCAUUAGCGAGGCAGCUGUGCGCGGGAACGCGGCCGUCCUGGACUACUGCCGGACAUCGGUGUCCGCCCUGUCGGGGGCCACAGCAGGGAUCCUGGGCCUGACGGGCCUCUACGGCUUCAUCUUCUACUUCCUGGCAUCUACUCUGCUGUCUCUGCUGCUGGCCCUCAAGGCUGGCCGGCGAUGGAACAAGUAUUUCAAAUCGAGGCGGCCGCUCUUCACGGGGGGCCUCGUCGGGGGGCUCUUCACCUACGUCCUCUUCUGGACUUUUCUGUACGGCAUGGUGCACGUCUACUAGGGGAAGGACUGACCCUGCUGGGCCACGGCAGCCGGACCGGCCGCUCACUCAUAGUCUUAGUAACUUAUGUCUGAAGGGGGGUUUCUGGGGGAGGCCCAGAUUAAAUCAAAUGUGAAAGCUA